GGUCCACUGCCGUAAUUUGCUUUGGAUAUGUUUUUGCUCCAUUCAUCCUAGCUUUUCGACUACAAAUCGCAACUGCAACUGCCAAUCAACUCAGAAGCUUGGUUACAGGCUGGUAUAUCAGAUCAUCGCUAUAUCAGGACGGUGCUCUAUCGUGGUUACCUGUUCACCCGGUCAUUGGGCAGGCAGGCAGCGUGGAUUUCGCCACUUGGCAGCACAAAAGCUAUUCCGAGUCACCGCCAUUGAACCAAGUAUCUCAUAAUGUGCGAUGAACGCUCAAUAGCGGCGGGUUCUCCCUAUCGAGUCAACCCGUGUGUAGACCUUGCCCAGUAAUAAGGACAGACAGACCGCCAGCUUCCUUGCGAGUCACCACUCGCACGACCUCAAGGUUUUGGGAAUAAGAUGAGAAAAAGAUACGGUCGUGCUGUGAGAUUAACUCUAUUAAUGAUAACGACGGUCCCGAACGCUCAUGCAAUGUCAAUGUGUUCCGACUCUCUAUGGAUCCUCCGAUGCUUGGGUACAACGCAGACGUUAUCUCGCCGUGAUGUCUUUGGUUCCUCGGACUCCACAAGGUCUUCGAACCCCACUACAGGGAUCAUUGUUGCUAUUGUCGUAGUAUUAAUCAUUGCAAUCUGUCUUGCCGUUGUGAGACAUGUCCGUGGAUCAUCCACUCGAAGUCAAACAUACAAUGCUAAUGGAUAUGCCAGACAUUCGGGAGGACUUGCAGCACCUUCUUCACACCAAGCUUAUGGACAGAUGCAGCUCAACCGUCGCUCACAUUGGAUAGAUCCGGAUCAACCACUUCCGUUAUAUAACGCUCACAUCUCCGAAGACCAAGUGGCCAGGCAGCCGCGACUGCCUUCGCCCUUUCCUCUUUAUGUACCCUCAGAAUCUCCGGUAGCCCCACCUUCAGCAAUAGUGUCAGGAGUAUCAUCCGAUAUUCCUCCUCAAUCGGUCCCACUCUACACGCCAACUGAUCAUCCGAUAACCACACCCAUGGGAAGUGUACAGGUGCAGAAUACAUCGAAUAGCUUACCAAGUGUGCCACCACCAGCAUAUACGCCACUGUAAUGUAACUUUACUAUCUCUUUAUCUGCACCGAUGUGAAAUUUAUUAUAUCUGUGGUGCAAUACACUUUU